UAUGGCGGAACAAAAACCUAAAGAGUUGCGCAAGGAUAAUCAUAAAACAGAGAUUAUUAAGAUCGAGCAACCUGCUACUAGUUUAUCAUCUAGUGCAUGUAAAUUGGAGGAUGGCUGCCCUGAAUUUAGUAAUGUUCUUUUCAAGACUGAACCAACUACAAAUGAAGAUAUGAAGGAAAUGGGUUAUAUGAAUUACUGCAGGUCAGUCAUAAAAACUGAACCUGUAGACUGUAAAGAAUUUCAAUGUGAUCUCUGUCAAGAUUCAGUCGAUCAACCUAACUCAUCUCUUUCUAAUGUACAAUCUGUCCCUGAUCCUCUGAAGACCAACCCUCAUAGCAAUGUGGUUAUCUCUCAAUCUAUCGGAAAUACUAAUCUUUCUGGGUCUGGACUCAACUUAAAGAAGCGUAUGUCAAAUCACACCGGAGAGAAAUCUGAAACUGACAGUUUGCGUGAAUAUAGGGCUAACAAAUCAAGCCAAUUAAAGAAAGAUAUAUUGACUCAUACGGGAGAAAAACUUUAUAAAUGCGAUAUUUGUACCUACUCUGCAAGACAAAAUGCCCAUCUUACUGCUCAUAAACGGACUCAUACUGGAGAGAAACCUUAUCCCUGCAGUUUGUGUGACUACAGGGCUAAAACAUCAGGUGUUGUGAAGAGACAUAUGUUUACACACACUGGAGAGAAACCUCACAUGCACAAGUGUGAUAUUUGUAACUACUCGGCUGUAUGUAAAAGUUCUCUGUUGAUUCACAAACGAACACAUACUGGAGAGAAACCUCACAAGUGUGAUAUUUGUAACUACUCUGCUGCAACUAAAAGUACUCUGGUGCUUCACAAACGAACUCACACUGGAGAAAAACCUUACCCCUGUAGUUUGUGUGACUAUAGGGCUAGACAAAAAAGAUAUUUGAAGGUACAUAUGUUUACUCACACUGGAGAGAAACCUUAUAAAUGUGAUAUUUGUUCCUACUCUGCAAGACAAAAUUCCCACCUCACUGAACACAAACGAACUCACACUGGUGAGAAACCUUAUCCCUGCAGUUUGUGUGACUAUAGGGCCAAAAAAUCAAGAGAUUUGAACAGACAUAUGCUGACUCAUACUAGAUAUAAACCCUUUAGAAUUUGAAUUAGAACGGUCAAUUAAAUUUUGUUCCCACGUCUUGUAUUACCCUGCAGUUCCACGGCUCAGUUUUGCAACCAGAUUUGCUCACAUUUUUUCUCACAUUUUUGCGACCGGAAACUAAAUUCAAAAAUAUUUCUCUGCAUGGAGAAAUA